AUGAACGGCAAAGAAGGACACAAGUUCCACCAACUGCACAAGAUCUGCUUUGAGGACGACCGCACCGUCGAGCGCAGCCUGUCGCAGUACUAUGGCUCCCCGCGACUCAAUGACGCUCUUCGAUACCUCUCUGGGGCAUGGGCCCCGUACUGCCCGAGUGCCGAGGACUCCGCGCUUGAGCACCUCCGAGUCGCCGGUCUGCUCCAGCUCCCAUCGGAGAGCUCAUGGGGCAGUCCGCCCGACGCCUACGACCCGCAGGUCAAAUCCCGGGCCGCCCGCGCGCACUCGCUCGCCGCGUACGCGUACUACAAGAAGUACAUGGCCUGCCCCUCCCCCCGCGCCGGUGUUACUCCGUCUACAGAAGAGGCCGCCAAAUCGAAAGAUGCGCUCACGGAUCUCAUCGAAGCUGCGCGCCACGCGAACCAGUCGGUGUGCAUGCAACUCCUCACCCCUGCGGUGCUCCUGGCGGGGUUCGCCUUCCGAACCUUCGUGGAGGACCGGCAGCUCGACAUGCGGGACUUCCUUGAGCUGAGGCCGCUGUGGCGCGAGCUGGAGCGGCGCAAGGCGCGGUGGCCGGAGCGUGUAGGCGCUGCGCUCAAUUUCGACUUCCCCUCCACGAAGGAUCCCCGAGCGUGCGCCGCUGCGGGAUGCAAGGCGGUCAUUCCUGUGGGAGACGGAUCAGUCGGGCAGGAUAUUGGCAAAUAUUGCCAGCUCUGCUCCACGGAGGAGACCCCGUCUUAUUGCAGCUCGGAAUGCCGCGAGCAGGACUGGGCGACGCAUCAGAUGGAAUGCCGGUGCCCGGGCACGCUCCACGGGCCACUUUUCACAUCCUACGCGUGUCUUGGACAGCAGCGCGACGUGCUGAAGGGCAUGGCUGAGCGGGUAGGAUAUUGCACGCACGUCGAGGUGAUGCGUGACGACGAGGACAGGCACGACCUGCUCAACGGGUCCGUGGUGUGGGAGAAGAUGAUGCCGUGUCCGUUGGGGAUUCCUCUGAAGGUGGUGAAGAUCGUAUUGAAGGAGUAUAGCAAGUAG